AUGAUACGUAUCGCUCCUCGCCCCGCUGCGAAAACUCCCCGUCGACGGGCCAGCAAAGGGGAACAUGCCCGUCGAAGCAUUCUGGUAGUGAAAAAGCGUCGCCAGGCUGUUCCGCACGCUCUCCCUCCCCGGCUCCCCGUACGCCAUCAUCGCCACGGGACCCUGCACCCCCAGGUCGCCCGGCCAUAUCGCCCUGUCCCGCUUCGCGCCGUCCACCAGCGCGGGGGAGGCGACGCCCAGCGUCGCGUUGUAGCUCCAGCCGGGGCGGACCUGCGGCAGCCAGCGGCCCGUGUCGGCGGGGGCGAUGUUGGUCUGGAUGGUGUACGCCCCCGCGUACCAGAUCCGGUUGAGCACUUCCGCGUCUGCAUCGGGGGUGUAGAAGUAGCCCGUGCCGGAGCGCAGGUCGGGCAUGUUGGGCGCGAAGCCUAUCUCGCACGUCACGUUGAACAGAACCACGUCCGCGAGCGCGUUGAGCGUGAGGAAGCGGAACCCCCCGCGGAACCGCUCCCUCGGCGUGCGAUACCACACCGCCCGCUCUGCAUGUCCGUCGUCGAGGGUGAUGCUGUACGCCUGGUCCCAGUCCAUCCCGGGAGUCGCGCCCGUGUCGUCGCUGAUCUCGCGCACAAACGACGGCGACUCGGCGUACGCGAGGGACAGGGGCGACGACGAGGCCGACCUGGCGUUGAGCGAGACGUGCCCGCCGACCUCGACGCCAAAGUCGAGCGAGAUGCGGGAGCCGGCCUCGAGGCGGAUCACCUGGCGGCCGGAGCUGCAGUUCCUCACCGAGGCGUUUCCCUCGAUGGAGUGGACGCCCACCGGCGAGACGCUGCGGCUCGCGGGGCUGUGGAUGUACUUGGUCCAGGGCUCAUCGGAAGAAGCAGCGACGAGAGAGGCGUUGGCGAUGAGGAGGCUCAGGGCCAAGAUGAGAACAACUCGAGACGCCCAGGUGAUGACGUUGGUGCUGGCCUUGGUGUUGACACCGUACAUGUGGACCUUGGAGUUCUCGACCUCGAUCAUGUUCUGCUGGCAGUCCUCAGUAUCCAGACACUCCUGGGUGUAGUUCUCGAAGAAGCUGUACAAGCCACCACCGUAGAAGAAGAUGUCGCUGGAGUCGUGGAUACGGAGACCCCAAGUCUUGGCGCAUCGCUCACCAGUGCACUCGGCAAAGGUAGGAUCGAAGUACUUGGAGUUGGCAGUGAAUGGGGUCUUGGCAUCAGGGUUGCCCUGCAUGUAGGCAGUCUCGGUCUGGAUGACACUCAUGAAGACGUUCUGGGCGCCCUGGAAGUGGUAGUUGUAGAGGACAUUGUGCUCAGAGGCGGUUCCCCACAGCCAGACGGGCUUGGUAGACUCGACGAGCAGACCACGGCCGUUGUAGAUGUUGAUCUGGUUGAAGUCGGUGCGGUCAAGCUCGUGGUCGGAAACCCAGAGCCAGUUGUUCUCCAUGUAGACGCUACCAGUCUUAGUGAUGUGCAUGAGCAUAAAGGCACCAAUGCACUCAGGGUUGGCAGGGGUGGUCUGCUGGGGAGUCUUGCUGCACUUGUCGGACUGCAGGUUGGUACCGGCGGAACCACCAAUGCGGAAGUGGACGUCCCAGAGACCGGCGGAGCCCUUGCUGGCGGCCUCGAGGUUCCACUCCAUGAGGAUGGCACCGGGCUGAGGACCCUGGGUCUCAAUCAUGAGGUCGGAAAUCUCAACAUUGCCAACAUCGCCUGGCUGGCCGACCUGGAGCAUGGGCUUGGGAGGCCAGAUCUCACCAACAAUCUUGAUGUUCUUGGGAACCUUGACAGUGUCGCUGAUGAUGUAGGCACCGUGGGGGAAGUAGACAAUCUCGUCCUGAGCGGCGCCGUCGAAAGCAGCCUGGAUAGCGGCGGUAUCAUCAGUCUUACCGUCACCCUUGGCACCCUUGGUCUUGACGGAAAUGAACUUGGAGACAUCAACAUCAGCGUACUGAGGCUUGCUGCGGACGAAAACACGGCCAGCGUCGUCGAGGAGAACGGCGGGCUUGGUGGGAGCGGUCUGGGUGGCCUGGACGGCUUGGCCGGAGCUACCAGUGUAGGAGCGUCCCUGGACGAAGGAGGAAACCUUCUGGUUGCCGGGGAGGAUGGUGGCGCCAGUUCCGCCGUUGGAGACAGCGACAGGGACGUUGCUGGUGAAGUCAGUGUUGUCAAUGAUGAGGGUUCCGUUGGUGCCGGCCUGGGCAGGGUUGUAGAGGGACUUGAUAGCGACAGGAGUGUCGGAGAAGACACCGUCCUGGACAAUGACUGUGCCGACGGUCUGAGCAUUGCCACCACUAGUCAAGUCAAGACCAACGCCGCAGUUCUUGAUGGUGAGUCCGUGGUAGUUCCAGACCCAGUUCCAGAUCUGGUAGAUGGCGGUGUUGCAGUUGUAGAAGCUCAGGUUGCGGGCAGUGAACUGCUGGCUACCGAAGAAGGCACCGUACUUUCCACCGUGGAAGACGAGAUCGGUGAUGAAACCACCAGAUCCGUUCUCCAUGAAGAUACCCUGCUGGGCGUUGUCCUCGCUGCUGUCCUCAAUCAUGAAGAACUCGAUGUUCUGGAGAGAGGUGGCCUGGGCAACCUGCCAGUGGAUACCAGUACCCGAGGUCUUGGGCUGGGAGGUGACGUCAAUCUUGAAGUUGCGAAUCUGUCGGAAGAAGUUGUUCUGGUUGGUGAACCAGUUGUCACCGGUGUUGGCGUAAGGGUUUGCGUCAAUGACAGCCAUGCCCUCGAAGUUGGCACUGGACUUGAGGGUGGGGACAUCAGAGAGAUCACCAAUCAUGUGAGUGUAGUAGUAGGCAACGAUGGGCUUGGAGACAAUGUAGGUACCAGGGGGGAAGUAGACGAGAGCGGGAGUGGUGGUGCUGGAGUCGCAGCCAAGACCGCAUCGGUUGUUGCCAGCAGUGAUGGCAGCGUUGAUGGCAUCAGUGUCAUCAGAGGAACCAUCACCCUUGGCACCGAAGUCUUUGACGUUACGGAAGACGGGGUAGUCACUGCCACUGGUGCCGAAGGGAACGGCGCCAGUGCGCUCAAUGCUCGAGAACCACCAUGA